AAACUUUUGAAGGGUGGAGUAGAGGGGGGGCACGAGCGCACUAAAACACAAUGUGAAGAAAUCAGUUGAAGAAAAAAUUCCCAUUUUAACUCGGCAGAUUAGUUAUGGACACCAGGGAUUUCAGGGUAACGCUUAACGGACAUCAGGGCACGUUCGCACAAUCACCUUUUCUCACAUAUCAGCGUCAGGAAGGGGAUAACGUGCGUGGUGGGGAUAGUGGUAGCAUGGCGUCGACUUUUGUUUCCCUCCCCAGUGCCUCGCUGCAGGAACUAAAUACUGCAGCCUAUGUGCCCUGGUCUCACAACACUCAAGAGGAUCCUUAUGAACUUAUCUGUUGCACCCAGAGCAGUAUUAAAAGCAGGAAAUGGAUGGAAAAUGCGGAUUAUGAAAGGGAGACUGAUCUGCAAGGUCUAGUGUCAAAUAUUUUGGAGGAAGCAGACUCUCAGGACAGCUACUACAGUGAGGGGAGCUUACCUACAUGCAGUCCGAUCUGGUCUCCGAAGACAUUGAGAGAAGAACUGCUACAGUAUGUUCAAUCAGAGCCUAAAACACAGCACAGCACUUCUUAUCUUCUAAACUGCGUGUCUCAUGGGAAUUUCAAUAAAGCACAGCAACAGUCAGUGGGCAAAGAUGUUGAGGAAUUCAGUCAAGUGCCCAGCAGCGUUAAUACCAGUCAACAGUGGCUUUUUAAUUUGCCUAAUGGAGACAGUCACGCCGUCCGUCCCCAGAAACUGCCACCUGGCCUACCAUUGCCCAAUGCAGGAAACACCUACCCUUCCCAGAUACAGCAAAGCAAGUAUGUCAGCAUGUCCGCUUGUAACGACCUAAAGAACAGUAACCCUAUGAGUAAUUUCCCUGACCUCAGCAACAUCUUCGAACCUGAAAGUGUAAUGGACAGCCCCUGCUUUGAUUCCUUCAGUGAUGACCAGCAUACCCAGAGCUGCGUAAAGUCCGUUUGUAAUGAGCAGUAUGUGCCAGAAGACAUUAAUCCAUUGGUCAAUAGUUUUCAAUCAUUCAUGGCCAGUGAGCAUGAUGGCAUACGUUGUGGAGACUUUCCAAUCAUGCACAAGAAGACAGGGGGUAUGCACCGUGAAGACAGCAUGACUGAACCAUGGAAAUUUGCCAGUUUUCCAGUGUCAACACAAACUAAUACUUUAAUGCAGACCCCAAAACAGCCAGUGGGAGAAUUUGAGACUAUGCAGAGGGACAGAAAUGAAGGAGUGAGCAAGCAGGCGUUUAAACCUGAUGGUUUUUCAGAUUUCAACCCUCAAAGUGCAGAGUAUUUGCAUCUAUCACAUCCAUUCUCUGCACCUUUAAACCUCACAAACCAACACCAGAACAAGAUGAGAAUGCACAGAGAGAGCAUUAAUGCGAGAAUGAACCAGUAUUCAAAGAGUCACAUCCAGCAGAGCCAAACACAGAACAAGAUCAAGCCACAGGUCCAGAAAGAAAAGAGGAGGAUGCCAAUGUCCGGAUUUCCAGGAGAAGCCUUCACUAGAAGGCCCCAAACUAAUACUCAUAUGAGAGAAGGAGACACAUAUCAUCAACCACAAAGCCAGUACACAGAUUUCCAGGCGAACAUGCAGUCUCAGAGAUUUGAUGGACAAAACAGUGUGGCCAGUGCAGGGCAAGCACAGCAGUACAUGCCUUUCGUGUAUUCGGUAAAUGACUCCAUCAAGCCGACCAGCUCUAACUUCAGCUUUGGAUCUGCUCUGCCCUAUGGAAGUGGAGUGUCUGGUAUGGAUGUGGGUGAUAAAAUGUCAGCCAAUGACUUUGCAGCUUUUAAAGCCUACAUCAGUGACAUUAGGUCCUGCAGAGGAGAAAGCACAUAUCAUGGUAUGGCCUCAGUCAUGACAGCAUCAUCGUGGAUGAACCAAGGAGGACAUGUGAUCCAGUCUUACGUCUGCCUGGACGCAUGUUUUGAGCAGUGGAGGUGUUUGGAAAAGGACAGAAAAAGGGUGCAGGUAAUCCUUACAAAGACAUUUCUCGGGAAAAGAACUGGAGCAGUGACCAACACUAACCUGCCCAAAACAUCACCAAAUCCCUCAAGGGUCGAAUACCUCAUUGUUAAUCAGAUGCGAGAGCAAGCGAAGGUGGCAACCCUUCUGGAUAGAAUGGAGAGUCUGUGUGACAUUCCCCUGCACAGCAACAUCCGCACUGUACUGCACAGGCACCACAUGGCCAUUUGCAUCACUCAGGCAAGAUACAAGGAGGACGUUGCAAAUAUGACCAAACACCAGCGGCAGAGACCUCAUUUCCCAGAGGGCAAUGACACUUUUUUGAUGAUCAUCGCACUCAAGGACCUAGCUGCUACCACCAGGAAGCUCCGCACAGCUCUGUGGUGUGCCCUCGAAAUGACGCUGCUGAAACCUGUCAAGACGCAGGACCACCAUGUUAGCAAGGACACCACGUGCACAGAGAGGUGUGUCUCUCCAUUUGAGGGAUAUUACUUUAAGUUGUGAUUUGUGAGGCAGCAGGAGUGAGUUAAAGAUGUUGAUUAAGUUGACACCACUAGACAGUAUCCUAAUUCUCUAAGGCCUAAAAAGUGUCCCAUAACCAACAGGGUGAUUAAAAAAAACAAAAAAACAAACAUAUUUAGAGUUUUUCUUACCAGAAAGUCAUUUGGCAUUUUAGCUGCAACACAAUCACUGCAAGCUUGACAAUAACUGCUUCUUUUGGGGCAGGAAAGAGCUUCUUUUGUUGUGUAUGAAUGGCAUGAAAUAUAAUUUACCCCACUCCUGACUUGAUUUCAUUUAAUUAGUGUCAGUUUCAAAUCAACACAAGUCUCGCUCCAUCACUGUUGUAUUUAAAGGCACUAUUUAUGUGGAAGAUUUCAUUGAACUCUUCAUUGUUUUACUUAUUUAUUGGAAUGUAAAGGACCCUCAGUUCUGGGUUUUCCCAAGCAAUAAUCGAAUCACAAGAGCAGUAGUUUAAAAUGAACAUGCUAAAUAUUAAAAUGCUUCCUGAAAUGUUCCAGUUUAUUUCUGCAGAUGGAAUUUUUAUGUAACACUUUGUAAUCAGAAGGUUUUUAUCUGUAAUUUGGUGAACUACAAACGAUAUUAAAAGUUCUCAGAGAUUAAUAUUUAAAAUUAAAAUGUCUUAAUCACACUUGCCAUUAGAACAGAAUUAAUGAUUAUUUGUGUCAGUGAACACAACAGCUAAGUUAAAAAAAAAAAUAAUAAUUCCCUGUAUGCAGUGUAGUAUUUGAUCACCUGUUCUAUAUAAAAAGUUUGCAAUGAACUUUCGGAAAUGUCCCGUUUAGUUUCUGAAACUUCAAUUCAGCUGUAAUCACAAGUCUGUUUUAUUUAUCUGCUAUUUGGUCACUUUUUCGUUUUGCAAUUACCUUUUUGUGAACACUACUUCUCUUUUCUGUCGUUUUUCCACUUCCUUCCGUUUGUCCAUCUUCACAAGACCUUUUGUCUGUUCAGCAUGUUGGUGCUAAAAGUUCAUUGUAUAAGUUUUCAAUACAUUAAUCUUACAACUAUUAAAUAUUAUCACUGAAAUCACAGUUUAUUAGCGAGUGUGUAUUCAUUAUAAUGGUGAUUUCUAUGACUAUGCCGUGGCCUGUUCUAUUCCUUGUUAUUUUAAAGUUCUUGUGUUGUUAUCUUGUGAACUGUUCUGUGAAUGGAAAAAUCUAAAAUAAAGCAAUCCACAUUGCAGAAAAUCUUUUAUUAUUUCUGAAAGAUUCCGAUGCAUUUUUAUUAACAUUCAAAGGAUGGUAAACGAUAUGUUUGAGGUACAGGUCAGCAUCUGCUCUUUUCUGCCUUUACUGUCAGAACGUGUAGACAGUAACACUGAAAGCAGCACUUGCCUCAGUGGUUGUGCAGAAAUGAAAGGCCUUGCAGAUGCCGACGCGGUCUAGUUACGCAAACUGAGUUACAUGACAAGCAUUCCCCUUCUUCCGUAAUUAAUCCGAUUUGUGUUUCAGGUUAAUUUCAGAGUCAAAAUUUGGCUAAAUCAUGUAUCGCACAUGCUA